AUGAUUAUCAGGCAUUGGCCACCAGCACGGCUCCCAUACGAAAGCCUGCGCCACGCUUUCACACUCCGAACUCGUCCUCCUCCGCCACCGUACUUCUCAGGUGGAAAGCAGAAGCCACCACCUUAUCCCGGUCGGACGUCAUCAGUAGGGGCUGCCUCUUCCUGCUCUACACCACUACCGUCUUCAUUUGUGCCACAGUCCGCGUCAACGCCGAAAAGCGAUAAGGGUUCACCCGUCAAAGAAAUUGGAAAACCAUCGGACCAAGUUGUGGGUGAAGGCGAGCGACGAACAUUUGUCAGGGAAAAGGUUGGUGUUUUGUUACUGAACAUCCAUCAUUAA